UCCACCUGACCUGCUUUCGUUUUCGUAUAUGUGCCAGCAGUCCAGCAGCACCAACUUGUCCACACUCGACACUGUGUUGAUUGAGACCUUAGCUCUAGCGGUUUCGUUUCCGGAUGGAGGAUUCGGUGGGCGCGGAUGAGAGGAGGGAGCAGAGCGAGACGAUGCCGCACAAAAAGGCGCGCCAAGAAGUAGCGGAGGCCGGUGGUGUUGGCGGCGGCGGCGGCGGCAAGCCAGCUGAGGAGGGCGGGUUCCUGAGCGCUGUGGCGUCCAAGAUCGGCGCAACGAUGUCCGGGGCCAAUGGCGGGAGCGGCGGCGAGGUCGGUGCGGCCAUGGCGUCCGACGGCGAGGAGGGAAAGAGGGACGGUGACGGCGAGCCAGGUGAGGAGGGCGGGUUCCUGAGCGCCGUGGCGUCCAAGAUCGGCGCGGCGAUGUCCGGCGCUAACGGUGGCAGCGGCGGCGGUGGCAAUGCGGCCGCGGCGUCUGGCGGCGAGGACAAGGAGGCGGACGGUUUUACCGGCGGCGUAAUCUUCCGGAAGCUGCUGCACAGCUCGCCCCCUGCGCCGCCGCAUGUGUCAGGAGCAAUGGAAACAGAGGAGGAGGUGAAAGAUCAGGAUGUGGCAGGUGGCGAGCAAGCCGGGAUUCUGAGCGCCAUGGCCACCAAGAUCGCCAUGGCCAUGCCUGGUGCAAACGGUGACGACAGCCAUGGCGGCAGCGGGGACGACGCUAAGUCGAGCAAUGGCGAAGCGGCCCGUGGCGGCAGUAACGGUGGAGAGAAGCAGGGGAGUGAAUCCAACGGUGGCGGGAUACUUAGCGCUGUGGCUUCCAGGAUCGGCGUGGCCGUGUCCGGCGCCAACGGGGACCGCAGCGGCAGCGCUGAGGAUGGUGCCAAGACGAGCGCUGGCGACGCUGGUCACGGUAGCAAGGGCGAGGAGAAGGGGCGUGGUGUGAACGGUGGUAGAUUAGUCGAGCAGAUCAUUUCCAAUCUGCCCUCAGAUGAUCAGGCGCCUGAUGCCGAUGAAGCUUCCUUGCUCAUCGCCAUUAUCGAAGAUUAGCUCCAUGUUCCGAAGGCUCUCUAGGUCGUCCUCAGCGCCAUGAUCAAAUCAUCAGCUGAGCCGGAGACUGAAAACAAUAAAGAAAAGCAAGCAGCUGGUCAUAGUAAACAUCAUGUAGCGAGGCUUAGCAGAUUGGGUUUUUUUUUCCGUUAGAAUCAGUCCACAUGUCCUUGACACGGGCUAGAUUUGUUCUAGGAUUAUUUUUCCAGUAGUAAGCCAUGUGUCCAUGGACAGUCCACUGCGCGACGUCUAAUGUAACAACAUCAUCAAGGUUCUUUUGACUAUCCCAUAAGAAACCAUUCCUUGAGACAACCGAUAUUGUGAGUUGAUAACCAUGUAUCACUUCCUUUUCUCUUUUAUACUAUGAAAAGAUCUUACAUGGUA